ACAUUGCAUAAGAUAAGUUGAAAUCGAACUGAACUCGACUGACCGGGAAAUGCAGCAGAAGUUUCACCAGACACAAAGAGUGAGAAACUCAUCCGCCUUUUCCAUUUCCCGAAAUUUCCGAUUUCCCUUCCUCUUUUCGGCACCACCUGCACGGUUGCAGUUCCAUCGCGAUAACCGCCCCCGCCAAAGCCAACUCAGUCGCAUCGUAUCUCAUCGCAUCGGUAAUUCACAACGCAGCCGUUGUUGCAUAUAAGGGAGCAGUAAAACCUAAUUAACUCAUUCAUGGAAAAUCUUUUUGACGAUAUUGCUCCUGGUCCUACUACACGUGCUAGAUCGAGUGCCAGGUUUGCGCCUAAGGCUAAACCGAAACAACCGCCUCGAAAGAAUGUAUCUGCGUCGAAAGAUGAGAACAAUGUGCAUGUUGCUUCAUCAACCACUCUCAAAGAAUCUGAAGGAGUUUCUCAGAAUGAAUCUCAUAAUGCAGUUACUGUAAGUUCUUCAAUUGAGGAGCCUAACAAGUCUGGUCUUCAUCCUGAUAUCCAUGAAAAUGAAAUGAAUAAUGUGGCUGCCCCGUCUACUGUCUCCUCAACCAUAGUUAGGGUGGAAGAACAGCCUAAAAACGGGGAAGGUUCAUUUCUCAGUACUGACAAAAGUUUGCAAGUUCUUGAUAAUUCAGGCGACGGUAACACUGCAAUACCUGAGAGCAACAUUCAUUCAAAUUUUGAGUUUGGAAAGGUGGGAGAGGUAUUGUCUGCUGAAAUUGAGUUGGAUCCUUUCAGCAAUGUCCUCCCUGAUCCUGGCACUGGGAAUGCUCGUAAGUUUCAACCCAAGGUUAAGCCACGACCUAGAGUCAGCAAUACACCAGCUAUUGCUUCUACUUCAUCUGGUGAGUUACCUCCUUGCACAAGUUUUGUUCUUCCAGCAUAUGAUGGCAAGAGUAGGCCGGAAUCACAGGAAGGUGCAGACUUGAAUCCUGACUGCCAAAUGCAUAAUGUCUAUUAUCAAUCCAUGAAUUCUGGCACUGAUCCACCAUCUGGAAUUUCAAUACAUGAAGGAUUGACAAACUCUGCAGGUAGUCCCACAUUGGCUGACUUUUUGCAGCAAGACGUUACUGGAGAGAAAGAAGAUGCUAAUGAGACAAUAAAAUCUUCAAAGAAGCAUAAAAGAUCAUCUACUACUGGCGUGGAGGAUAAAGGUGCUAAAACCUCAAGGCAGACAAGAAAACGAGCAGCUCGUAAACCUGCUAAAAGCUCAUUGAUUACGGCUAUUGAGGAUGAUGAUCUCCUCCACCCUCCUUAUGAUUUUGCUGAAGAUGAACUUGAAGAAAACAAUGAUGAGGAUGAAGUGGUUUGUUCACCCAAAAAGAAAAAAGCAUCAACAAAUUCAAAGAAAUCUGUGGCUAAAAAUGGGAAAACAUCUGGAAAACGCAAGAAGGCUAAUGGUGAUAUUGAAAAGGCAACCGAAGAAUCUCCUAAAAAGUUCCCGCAUUCAUCUCGGCGAAGAAGAAGAUGUGUGGACAAGGCUCUGCUGGAUGAUGAAUUUCUUGAUCAGCGGACAUUACCUAUUAGGGAUAUUAUUUUACUUGCAGAGUAUAAAGAGCGAUUGGCGAAAAAGGAGGCAGCAACUUCUAAAACAUCUUCAACCAAUCAAAGUGAUGGGGAUUUUCGUCAUGAGGUUGAUGUUAAUAAUGCAGAGGAGUUUUUUGGUUCAGAUGAUGAAUUUAGAGACCCUGAUGAUGAUGAUCAGGUAAGUGAGAGGUUUACAUCCACUGCCCCCUUAUUGAAUUACCAGUCUUUCAUGGAUAAGACACCUAGGGGAAAAUGGUCAAAGCAAGAUACUGAAGUGUUUUAUGAGGCUGUUAGGCAGUUUGGCACAGACUUUUCUAUGAUACAACAGCUUUUCCCUGAUAAAACGCGUCAUCAAGUUAAGUUGAAGUACAAGAAGGAAGAGCGGCAACAUCCUUUACUGUUAUCUGAUGCUGUGAAUAAUCGUUCAAAAGAUCUUUCUUUUUUCAAAUUGGUGGUUGAGAGGCAGCAACAAAACUCUAAUAAGGAAGAACAAGAGACCGCUGAAGAUGCCUCAGAUUUAAUGCUCGAGGAGGAGGCUGAGGACCCGACACCUGAAACUAAUGAAGAGGUUGCAACAACUAAGCAGGAGCAGGAGCACAUAGACGUUAGAAAUCAGGAAGAUUCUACAGCAUAUCCAAUUCCAGAGCAAUCUGAUGAUAGUGAAGAUGACUUACUAAAAUGGUCUCAGUAUCAAAGUGCUAUUUAGAGAUAAAGAAUGAUAACAAAUAAUUUUGAUCUCAUUUAUGUGAUAUUUUACUUUUUUGUCUAUUUCUAAAUUUUGUCUGGGAUAUAUAUUAUGUCUCUUUUAUGAGAUGAAUGCACAAUAUUGCUUUAUAAGCUAGGUCAAUAUUAUUCGUCAUUCAAACUGGUGGGUAUGAUAUGGAUGCAUUUGUGGGAAAAACGGUAUCAAAAGAGGAAGACCUCUAAUUCUUGCUGA